UCCGGGAAUCUUCAUGGUCACGGAAAAUCCAACAUGGCGGCUCACAUGUCGAGAUUCGUGUGCUGGAGCCGAAUACACAGGUUUGGCAUUGCUGCAUAUAGGCAGUACAGCAGUGCAAGCAGAUAUCCUAGUGUUUCUUUGUCUACACCUUUACCCGGCAUUCCCAAGCCUGUGUUCGCUUCAGUUGAUGGUCAUGAACAAUAUGAAACUAAAAUAACCACUUUAGAGAACGGCCUUAAAGUUGCCUCACAAAAUAAGUUUGGCCAGUUUUGUACAGUUGGAGUUUUGGUAAAUUCAGGUUCCCGCCACGAAGCCAAAUAUCCUAGUGGGAUUUCGCACUUUUUGGAAAAGCUUGCAUUUUCUUCUACUUCACAAUACGGAAGUAAAGAUGAAAUUCUUCUAUCAUUGGAAAAACAUGGUGGAAUCUGUGACUGCCAAACAUCCAGGGAUACAACGAUGUAUGCCGUCUCCGCUGAAGUCAAGGGUCUGGAAAAUGUGGUUAGCCUUUUGGCAGAUGCUGUUCUGCAGCCGCGUUUAUUAGACGAAGAACUUGAAAUGACCCGAAUGACCAUAAGGUUUGAGUUGGAAGAUUUAAAUAUGAGACCUGAUCCUGAGCCUCUGUUAACAGAAAUGAUUCAUGCGGCAGCCUUUCGAGGAAACACUGUAGGCCUGCCCCGUUUCUGCCCAGUGGAGAAUGUGGACAAGAUUGACAAGAAGUUGUUGCAUACAUACAUGCGUAGCUAUUACACGCCAGAGCGUAUGGUGUUGGCAGGGGUGGGUGUCGAGCAUGAGCAGCUGGUGGAGUGUGCCAGGAAAUAUCUACUGGAUGUAAAGCCAGUUUGGGGAACAAGCACAUCAACAAAUGUGGACCGUUCUGUGGCCCAGUACACAGGAGGCAUUGUUAAGAUGGAGAAGGACAUGUCUGAUGUAAGCCUCGGACCCACGCCUAUCCCAGAACUUACUCACGUUAUGAUUGGCUUAGAGAGCUGCUCCUUCUUGGAGGAGGACUUUAUCGCCUUCGCUGUCCUUAACAUGAUGAUGGGUGGAGGAGGCUCCUUCUCAGCAGGUGGCCCAGGAAAAGGCAUGUUUACCCGCCUCUACCUGAACGUUCUCAACAGACAUCACUGGAUGUACAACGCUACCUCCUAUCAUCACAGUUAUGAAGACAGUGGCCUGCUCUGCAUUCAUGCUAGCGCUGACCCAAGACAGGUGCGGGAAAUGGUGGAGAUAAUCACAAGGGAAUUUAUACAGAUGGCUACUACAGCAGGAGAGAUGGAGCUGGAAAGAGCGAAGACUCAGCUGAAGUCCAUGCUGAUGAUGAAUUUGGAAUCCAGGCCAGUCAUUUUUGAGGAUGUUGGUCGGCAGGUUCUGGCCACAGGCCACAGGAAGCUGCCUCAUGAGCUGUGUGAUCUUGUCAGUAAUGUUACAGCCAGUGACAUCAAGAGAGUCAGCACCAGAAUGCUGCGCAGCAAACCAGCUGUGGCUGCUUUAGGGGAUUUGACAGAACUGCCCUCCUACGAGCACAUCCAGGCUGCUUUGUCCAGCAAAGAUGGCCGUCUGCCCCGCAUGUAUCGCCUCUUCCGGUAGAACAUUAUUGUACAUGUACAGUAGCAGUUAUACAUUUCUGUACCCCGGAGACUGACCUACAGUGUAACUUUCUAUGGAGCUCUUUUAUCGAGCUGUUCUAAAGAAUUGCUGAAUGUCAGUAGUAGUCAAAGCACUUAGUGUAAGUUGAACUUUGCUUACCAAGGACUUGUUAUAUUGUGUGAAUAUGUUUUCAGUAUCAUCUUCAAGGUAAAUAAAGCUGUGCAGUUUUGCAGUAACAUUUUCAACAUACUGGCUUGAGGCAAAUAUAAGGGGCGUUUAAGUCAAACCUGGACUUGUGGUGAAAUUUCUUAUGAAUGCAGGCCGUUGUUUCCAUGAGGGGAAUGCCUGAUCCUUACAAAUCUACAGAUAACUUGUCAGCUUGCAGAAGACAUGUCCGUAUGUGGCAACUGUACAAAUAGUCAUUCACAAACAACACUUGCCCAUUACUGGAAGUCGGCUCAGAGUUAUUGCCACAAAUUGCCCCGUAUAGUUCUGACCUUGCUCCGAGCCAUGUCCACAUGUUUGGGCUACUAAAGGAGUUCCUGAUAGUUCAGCCUUUCCUCAGGCAGUCUGAUAAUGGUUUCUAUGGAUCUAACUUGAUUGUAUCCAAGCACUGGUGAAACUUUGGAAUAAGUUUAUUAGUAUAGUAGGGGAUUAUAUAGAGAAAUAAAGGUUAUUUUUAUUCACAUAAAUGUUGUUAUUCUGCACAAUCUAAAGUCCCAGUUUGACUUGAACACCCUUUAUAAAAAUGUUUGAGCCCUGUUACAACAAAAUUAUGCAAGAAGGUGGUUUAAUGUAAAGUCUGUUGUCUAAAAAAAUAUUUUUGAGUCUUGCACCAAGUUUUAAUAAAUACAAAUUAAAUAAUUUUGUUUGCUUCUUAAAAAUGUUAUUCUGAUUGACAGAUGCUUUUUUUUUUUUAAAAAAAAGAAAA